AUGCUUUGCUGGAGAAACGAAGAUAUAUACCUUCAAAAACGAUAUCCAAUCGAAAGUCCAAGAAGCUUAAAACAAAUCCUUCUAAAAUCUAGUAUACCAAUUGUGAGUGAGAGUUUAACGGGUGUUACACUAAAAAUGAAAUGGCACGCAAAUUCAUAUCUCGAGAACAGAGUCUUCGAUUCACGUCUGGUUAAGGAUAAUCUACUUGAUAAGUGGUCCUGCGAAGGAGGGCAAUAUGUUGAGAGAAAGGACUAUCGUAAUCUUGUGGAAUCAUACCCAUGGAGCACUGCUGGUGGUCCACCAUGUAUGGAACCUGUUUCAAAUUCAGCGAUUUCUCAAAGAGCUUCAUCAUUUCAAACAACUCGACCGCAUCCAUGGCGACCGACUCUUGCUUAUGAUAUGAUUGAGGUCAAUCCAGUAGCUGAGCAACCAAUAACAAAUCAACUGGUUAAACCAUGUUUUACACCAGCUGGAAUGUCAACAGAACCCUUGACAUUCCCGAACUUAGUAACAGGCUUUGAGAGAAACCCACAACAUGCUGCAAGGACAGCUCUCUAUACUCGUUACACUCCUGGAGAGUGGACCAAUAAUUGUUUGGCUAAAUAUGCGGAAUCUAAUACAAACAGAAAUCAAUCUGAGAGAUUGCGGAACGAAGCAAUACGAAUUAUGCGUGAGACCGAUGAAAGAACGGCUCAAGGCCAACGAGAUGCUGGCAGACGUUUGGGUGAGCGUUUAACCGAUGUCACCUUCUGGAGAAAUGAACUUAGCACUGAACUUGAAAAGCUCAUUUUUGAAACUAACUCCUUGGCAAGUUAUAAAGGCACAUUGACAAAAGCUAUUCAAGACCUCGAGUCUCCCCUGCACAUUGCUCAAGAGUGCUUGUAUCAUCGAGAAGGUCGUCAGGAAGUUGAAAAAGUUCAUGACCAUGUUGAAAAGAGCCUUUUAAUGGAAGUCUCUAACUUACGUGCUAGCCAGGAAAAUCUAAGAAACUUAUAUGACAGAGUCAUGAAGCAACUUCAAGAAUUGCGAGGAGCUCAAUAUUUACUUGAAGACGAUGUCGUUCAUAAAGAAUCAACUUUGGGAAUCGAUUCGGUAUGCCAUCAAUUAAACAACUACAGUCGGGGAAUUAGUUAUUAUGGAGGUGUAGAAAAGUAUGAUCCCACCAUUAGUACUCAAGAAUCUUGGUCACAAUCUAGCAGUCAGAGAGUCAAUAAGUCUCAUACAGAACGUGCAAAAUCAACUCAACUUCGUAGUGACAUAGAAACCAUCAUCAAUCAAACUGCUACUAAUGUUUGGGAUUGCUGGAGUAAUUCAAACAAUGCACUGGACAGGAGAUCACAAGAGAUGUCCGAAGCAAAGAGUAAAGUUCAAUUGCAUUUGUUUAAAGUUCAACAGGAAUUGUUUGAUUUAGAGAAGCAUAUUGCACUUUUACAAAAAGCUAUUCAAGAUAAGUCUAAUCCAUUGAAAGUGGCUCAGACACGUUUAGAAGCUCGAACACAUCGUGAAGGUGUUGAGCUUUGCAAAGAUUUUGCUCAAAUGCGCUUAGUACAAGAGGUUCAUGAUUUACAAGAUAUUGUUUCAAAUUUACAUAGAAAACUUCAAGAAGCUGAAUCUCAGCAUCAGCAGUUGCUGAAAACUCGAGCUAGUUUAGAAGCUGAUCUGAGAAGAAAGGUCAAUGCGCUUUUUAUUGAUCGAGAGAAGUGUAUGGGCAUGAGGCGCUCGUUUCCGGUGGAUAACCUCAUAAAGUAUUAGAAUCAGAAAUGUUUUAUCUUUAAAUGUAUGUGUAUCUUGAAUAAAUAAAAUUAAAAAAUAUAAUUCGAA